AUGGACAGCCUUUUACGAUGGAGCCUGGAAAACUCUAGCAGCUCAAACGAUGGUGGUCACACUGUACCUGCACCACGAAAAGAUUUGGACCCUGCAAUAAUAGAUCACAUUCUGGGCCGGCCGGACUCAGAAUUGAUGAAAGAAGCUUUGAAGAAGGCAAUGGAUGAGGAAAUCAGCGAGGAUGAAAGGAUUGCCGCGUUGGAUGAUAUCGAAAUGCUCGUUGAAAACAUUGAUAAUGCAAACGAUCUUUCGAAACUUAAAAUGUGGGAUCCUCUCCAAAAGCUGCUGACAUCACCUACAUCGACGGAGGAUAUCAAGGUGCAGGCCAUGUGGGUGAUAGGAACAGCUGUUCAAAAUAAUCCUGCUGCACAGAACGCUUAUCUCUCUCUAGACCCUCUCUCUGUCAUCCUCUCGUUCCUUUUGCCUUCGGUCAAAUCUGUGCAGCUCAGAUCUAAAGCGGUAUAUGCCCUUUCUGGCUUGCUGAAGCUAAAUGCUACUGCGGUCAGCCAGUUGGAUCAUGCGGGCGGCUGGGAUGUGCUCCGAUCGGCUCUCGAAGACUCAAAUAUAAGCGUGCGACGCAAAACUGCCUUCCUUCUCAACACGCUUUUGGUGCCCGUGAAUGUGCCGUCCCAUCGAUUGUCGCCAUCAUCAUCCGGAUCGAAUCCAUCGCGAGCUCACGCCGGAGCAAGCACCAGUGCUACGCUCCACGCACCUGAAACGCCAAAUGCGCCUGUGCAUCCGAACUCACACGCAUCUAUGCUGUCCAACCCGAUGUCUGUAGCAACAGCACCGGCCACCCUUCGGGCGCUGCACGAACACAACAUCCUUCCAGCUCUCAUCCGCGAACUAACAUCUCCAACACCGUAUGGCGCAGACGAAGAGAGGGAAGGUGAUGUUGAUUUCGAAGAGAAGGUUAUCAGGCUGUUACAUACAUAUGUGACAUCACAUCAAGGAGAAUUCUCCAAGGAAGAAAAAGAGGCCUUG